AUGGGAGACUACAACUCAAGCCCCGAGAGGGGCGCCGGACACCUGAUUCCGGACGAGCCACAUACUCACCAUGACACAUACGCAGGCUUCAGGACCGAUGAAACACGCAACAAGGGCACACGGCUGCGAAGACUCUUCGGCUUCGGUCAAAUGUUCUUCUUCGCCCUAGGCUACAUGUCCUCCUGGGAAGCCAUCGCGGCCAACGUCGGCCUUGCCUUCAGCAAUGGCGGGCCCCGCGCGCUUACAUGGGGUUUCUUCGUCGUUGUCCCGGGCAUCCUCUGUCAAGUCGCCUCCCUCGCAGAACUAGCAGCCGUCCAACCCAUUGCCGGCGCUCAAUAUCACUGGACGCACUACCUCGCGCCUGCUCGGUACAGUAGGUUCAUAACCUGGCUGCAGGGGUGGAUCACAUGGUUCAGCUGGAUCAGCUUGCUGGCUGGGGUGGUGAACAUCACAGCGAACUCAAUUCAGACGGUCGUCAUUGCGUCUUAUCCAAACUACGCGGCGCAAAGCUGGCAUGUUGUGUUGAUCAUGUAUGCGCUGAUGAUCGUGGAGGCAUUCAUCACGACGCAUGCGUUCUGGACGAUGCCGUGGAUUGAGCUGUUUGCUGGAGUGCUGCAUAUCGGGCUGUGGAUCAUCUUUGCGGCGGUGCUGCUCGCUAUGGCGCCGAAGCAUUCGGGCGAGUGGGUGUUCUUUGACAAGACGACGAGUAGUGGUUGGGGUGAGAGUGUGUCCUUUAAUUUGGGCAUGAUUCUGAUUACUUGGGGUUUUGUCGGCUUCGACGCCUCAGUCCACCUCUCCGAAGAAGUCCGCCGCGCGCGCCACGCCGUGCCCCGCGCCAUGUUCUGGAGCAUCUGCCUCAACUGCGGCAUGGCAUUCGGCAUGGUCCUCAUCUUCCUCUUCUGCUUGGGCUCUGUCGAAGACGUCACCUCAGCCUCAUACCCCAUCCUCGCCAUCUGUGUCAACGCCACCCGCUCCGUGGCCGGAGGCUCCGCACUCGUCGGCGGCCUGCUGAUCAUGAACGUCACCGCGAGUUUGGGAAGUCUGGCGUCCGCAAGCAGGCUGACGUGGGCGUGGAGUCGCGAUGGCGGGCUGCCAGCGUAUUUCUCGAGGAUUAACCCGAGGCAGCGGGUGCCGACCCGAUCAGUGUGGUUGCCGGUGGGGAUUGUGAUGUUGUUGUCGUUGUUGAACUUGGCAGGGUAUCUGGCGUUCAGUGUGAUUGUGAGCUUGAGCACGUUUGGGCUGUAUCAGUCAUAUUUUAUUGCUAUCGCGUGCAUGUUGUACGCGAGGUGGACUAACAAGAAGCAUGUUGUGCUCGGUGGGGGAUGGUCGUUGGGCUGGUGGGGAUACCCGAUCAAUGUGUUUGCGUUGGUGUACUCGGCGUGGAUGAGUGUCUUCUUAGUGUUUCCAACGUAUUUGCCGGUGACAGGGGAGAGCAUGAAUUAUGCGUUGCCGAUCAAUGCGGGGGUGUGGUUGUUUGCGAUUGUUAGUUGGUUUGUGUGGGCCAAGCGGUCUUGGAGGGGGUUGAACGUGGAGGUCAUUGACGCGGUGGUGGCGGAUGCGGAGCGGGCGUCGAAAGAGUGA